AUGGCUAGCCCCGCUCGGGAACGGGGGACCUUCUUCCUCUUAGGGGUCUUCCUACACUUGGUUUGCUCUUGCCUGGCUCAAAGAGGUCCUCCAGGUGCCCAAGGUCCGCCGGGUCCCCCUGGACCCCCAGGAGUGCCCGGAAUCGACGGCAUCGAUGGAGACCGAGGUCCCAAGGGCCCCCCAGGCCCCCCGGGGCCCAAUGGCGAGGCAGGGAAACCAGGCUCUCCAGGGAAGCCCGGCAUCCCCGGCGCGGAUGGACUGACAGGCCCUGAUGGAUCACCUGGUCCUGUUGGCCCAAGAGGACAAAAAGGUGAACCUGGAGUGCCGGGAUCUCGUGGAUUUCCAGGCCGUGGUACUCCCGGACCUCCUGGUCCUCCUGGAUCUGCAGGACUUCCUGGCGAACUUGGUCGGAUUGGACCAUCUGGUGAUCCUGGGAAAAGAGGCCCGCCUGGACCUCCAGGCCCUCCUGGACCAAGUGGAACAAUUGGACAUUAUGAUGGUGAUCCACUGUGCCCUAAUGCAUGUCCACCUGGUCGCUCGGGGCAUCCAGGCCUACCUGGACCGAUGGGUCACAAAGGAGCAAAAGGAGAAAUUGGUGAACCAGGAAGACAAGGUCACAAGGGUGAAGAAGGUGACCAGGGAGAUUUCGGGGAUGUUGGAGCUCAAGGCCCUCCUGGUACACAAGGCCUAAGAGGUAUAACCGGUAUAGUUGGUGCCAAAGGGGAUAAAGGAGCUCGUGGCCUCGAUGGAGAACCAGGUCCUCAAGGUCUUCCAGGAGCCCCUGGUGAUCAAGGACAGCGAGGUUCACCAGGAGAAACAGGUCCAAAGGGUGACAGAGGUAUUCAAGGUCCUAGAGGAAUAACUGGUCUUCCGGGAUCCAAAGGCGAAAAUGGUUUGCCAGGGAUGGAUGGAAGAGAUGGGAUACCUGGAAUGCCUGGAGCAAAAGUACUGAAAAAUAUAUUUCAGGGUGAACCAGGGAAGCCUGGCCCUCCUGGGGAUGUUGGACUUCAAGGACUCCCUGGUUUACCGGGAAUUCCAGGUGCAAAAGGUGUUGCUGGUGAAAAGGGUAAUUCAGGUGCUCCUGGUACUUCUGGUGUGAUAGGAAAUUCUGGCAAACCAGGCGAGCAGGGACCACCUGGGGAAACAGGGACCCGAGGGCCAAGAGGACCACCAGGCAGCAGAGGAGAACUGGGGCCUAUUGGUCCUCCAGGACCACCAGGCAAGCUGGGUUCCCAAGGUGAUCCAGGUCUUCCAGGUGUUCCUGGCCCCCCUGGACUUCCUGGAUUGAAAGGAGACAGGGGUCCAGUUGGUGAGCCUGGUCCAAAAGGUGAACAAGGUGGUGCUGGUGAAGAAGGUGAAGCAGGUGGAAAGGGUGAACUAGGAGACAUAGGAUUGCCUGGCCCUAAGGGAUCGGAGGGCAAUCCUGGUGAGCCUGGUUCGAGAGGGCCCGAAGGGAUUCGGGGACUUCCUGGCGUAGAAGGCCCAAGAGGAUCACCUGGUCCCCGGGGCAUGCAGGGGGAACAGGGCGUUCCUGGCUUGCCUGGCAUCCAGGGCCCUGCUGGCAGAGCACCAACAGAUCAACACAUUAAGCAGGUUUGCAUGAGAGUUUUGCAAGAACAACUAGCUCAGAUGGCUGCUAGCCUCCGGAGGCCUGCAUCUGGUCCUGCAGGAAUUCCAGGAAAACCCGGACCACCAGGAGUGCCAGGAUCCCCUGGAGAGAAUGGUUUUCCUGGACAGAUGGGACCACGUGGCCUUCCAGGUCUUAAAGGUCCUCCUGGUGAGCUCGGCUUGAGAGGCCCCAAAGGUGACCUGGGAGAAAAGGGGGAGAGAGGAUUUCCAGGAAGAGGACCCAAAGGCCUGCCAGGAGUCCGGGGCCUUCCAGGUGAUCCAGGCCUAGCAAGCUACGGGAGAGAAGGACGAGAUGGGGAGCGAGGUCCCCAGGGUGUGGCUGGGCUACCUGGAGUCCCUGGACCACCAGGCCCCGCGGGACCUCCAGGGUUUUGUGAGCCAUCAUCCUGCACAGUGCAAGCUGGCCAACGUGCCUUUAGCAAAGGGCCCGAUCAGUGAAAGAGCCCUGCCAAAUCACUGUCUGCACCGACAACUGACAGCUAAGAUAACAUGAAGGAGAAGUAUCCCCAUCCCCAUGGCAACAGAGUGAUCCACUCACUCUAAUGUAUUGUUAUUACAUUUUGCAAAAGUUGUCCUUGAUAGUUAUAUUUUAAUGUUGGUGCUUGCAAAAUUAUGCAACAAGACCUCAGCCUUUUUCUUGCAAAGGAAAUGGCAGUUAACAAAACCAAAUCUACUUUUAAUAAAGAUACACCCCACCAUCACUCCAUUCCACUGACUCACAUAUGGAUGCUCUAUAUGGCCUUGUAUCUUGGGCAUCGAUUCAAUAAAAAAGAAAUUAUGUUUUUUAUACCUCAAAUUCGGUGGUUGUUUUUAUGGUGUUUAAACUUGGCUAUUGGAUCAUUGCGACUUCAACUGUAUAGAAAUUUACAUUUAUGGAAAAAACGUGAUUUUGGCUAAAUGGUACUGGAAGUCCCUUUAAAUGUGCUCUUUGGUUUAGCAUGGAAAAAAAUGCCCAUGUACAGUAGCUCCAUUCAAUUCCAUACAGGUUUUAUUGUCACAUACAUUUUUUUGUUUAAUCUAAUUGUGUCUGAAGUCUGUUGCAUCUUGGGUCCCUCUGUGUAAAUCAAAACAGCCAGGCAAUAGGCCACUGUUAAUGCUAAUACCCAGAAAUGCAAGUUUUCUAAGGUAGGUUAUUUAUUUUAAGUCUGAAGUAACAUCUCUGGUUGUCAGAAAAAAAGAUGAAUUAAUUUCUUAACAUUUUGCAUGUUUUUGUGUGAAUGGUUGCAUUCAAAUGAAUAGUCA